ACGCAACAAUGACUGUGUGAAAGAAAUACGCAUUAAAUGUAAACCAAUGCAAAAGUGCCUACGGUGACAAAUGAAAGCCCAAAGUUAAUAGAAAAAAAACCCAAACGGUGAAAAUAUGAUAGAUUCGAGCAAGAGCAAGUAAUUUGCAAGUGCAGCAACAAACAAACGCAAAUCAAGUUUUUCGACAUUGCCUUCGCGCAAUAAUAAUGUCAGCAACAACAAUAACAUCGAAAACAAAAACAACAUCAAUGAGAAUUCGCAAAAUGAAAUACAUCGUUCGUUGUUGCGCGUUUAUUUUGCUGUUGAGCGGCGUGAUUGCAUCAGCAGCAAACCAAACACAAACAUCGGGUGCAAAUGCCGCCGACUCAGCAGAAGUUGUCAGCACUGACGACGAGAAAACGGAUUGUACGGACCUUGCCCGCGACGAGGAGGCCCUGAUGGUAUUCUCAACGCUGGGCGGCGGGCUAACGGCAAUCGAUCCGAUAACAAGCGAAAUACGCUGGACAAUAGCAGAUGAUCCACCGAUUGUUGCUGAGCCACAGCAAAAUGUGCAGGUACCGCAUUAUCUACCCGAUCCCAGGGAUGGCAGCAUUUAUCAGCUCGGUCAAAUGGGCAGCCUAAAGAAGCUUCCGUACACCAUACCCCAGCUGGUGGCCAAUGCGCCCUGUCGCUCCUCCGAUGGGAUUCUGUACUCGGGCAAGAAGAGCGACACCUGGUACAUGGUCGAUCCGAAGACGGGUCGACGUGAGAAGGUCAUGGGCUUUGGCGAUACCCACAUGGAUGGCAAGGAUGGCGAGCAAAUUGGCUGGGCCACCUCACGUGCCAUCUACUUGGGUCGCACCCAAUACACGGUCAUGAUGUAUGACAGUCAUUCCAAGGAUAAGAAUGCUAAGCCCUGGAAUAUCACGUUUUAUGAUUACAAUGCGCUCAGCGCACCACCAGAGUUGGCCAAAGAAUAUGAAUAUAUUCAUUUGACUACAACCAGCAAUGGCCAGAUAGUCACACUCGAUCGCAAAGAGGGCACAUUUUUAUGGCAACGUGAUUUAAACAGUCCUGUGGUAGCUGCCUUUCUCCUGGGUCCGGACGGGCUACUCAGUGUGCCCUUCACCACAGUCUCGGAUGAGGCCUAUCAGGCCAUACUCGAGGAGUCCAAGAUUGGCAAUGUGAACACUGUGAAACUAUUUCAAUCGCUUUAUGUGGGCGAGCAUCAGCGUGGUCUCUAUGCGCUGCCUUCGCUGGUGGAUAAGAAUACGCCCCGCAUUUCCACAACGCCGCCCAUCAAGUUGAUCGAUGGGCCCGUUGUCGAGUUGAACAAAAAUGGCAAAGAUAACGAUCCACGCACCAUUUACAUCAAUGAUGUACUACAGGAGAAUCCCGGCAUUAUGUUGGGCCACUACAAUAUGCCCAAUGAUGCCCAGCAGGGAAAUUUACAUUUGUCGCCAACGCCGUCAACUAGCAAAGAUGUGCACAGUUUGGCCACAAUACACAACUAUAACGAUGGCUACGGCCUGCUGGCUAAUAAUGAAAAGAAUGCCGCCGAUAUUGGUGUGCAAACGGACCCCGAUAUGGGAGAGAUCACCAUUGAGCCGGCACGCUCGAACACCAUCAAUCGCACCAAGACCAUCAUUCUGGCCAAUAGCAACAAGGUGCAGGCAUUUAUCAAUGAGUGGUUCAGGGAUCAUCCCAGUGGCAAGGUGCAUCAAAUACUGAUUGUUAUCGUUAUGGGCAUGAUUGCCCUCUUUUGGUACACGUGCAGCACCAUGCGUGAGCUGCAGAAGCAGAGCGAGAACGGCUCCAAGACAAUGGCCCAGCAGACGGCGACGGGGAGCAACGGCAGCACUGGCAGCAAUGGCAGCAACGGAAGCAACGUGAACGCACAAGAAUUGCUUGAUCUGGGGAAUGGACAUGUGCGUGUGGGCAAGAUUAGCUUCAACUCGAACGAAGUGCUUGGCAAAGGCUGCGAGGGCACCUUCGUCUUCAAGGGUAACUUUGAGGAGCGCUUUGUGGCCGUCAAGCGACUGCUGCCCGAAUGUUUCACAUUUGCCGAUCGCGAGGUGGCUCUGCUGCGCGAAUCCGAUGCACAUGAGAAUGUCGUUCGAUAUUUCUGCACCGAACAGGAUCGACAGUUUCGCUAUAUAGCUGUGGAACUGUGCGCCGCCACGCUCCAGGAUUACACAGAGGGCGAUCAUUCUUUGGAGCUACGCCAGAAUAUUGAUAUGUGGCAAGUGCUCAUUCAGUCAGCGGCUGGACUCAGUCAUUUGCAUUCACUGGAUAUUGUUCAUCGCGACAUCAAGCCACAGAAUGUUCUGCUUUCCCUGCCCGAUCCGAAGGGUAAGGUGCGCGUAAUGAUCUCGGACUUUGGCCUGUGCAAGAAACUUAAUUUUGGACGCACCAGUUUCUCGCGUCGUUCUGGUGUCACCGGCACCGAUGGCUGGAUAGCGCCCGAAAUGAUGCGUGCCCAAAGAACUACCACAGCUGUCGAUAUAUUCUCGCUUGGCUGUGUCUACUACUAUGUGUUGAGCGGUGGUCAUCAUGCCUUUGGUGACACGCUCAAGCGUCAGGCGAAUAUACUUUCGCAUGAAUACAAUCUGUCUAAACUGCGCGCCGAGGAUGACAUGGAGCAUAGCAAAAUUAUACUAGCGGAACAGCUCAUAUCGGAUAUGAUACACAGAGAUCCGCCGUCUCGUCCACCGGCGCGUUGCAUUGGCAAUCAUCCGCUGUUUUGGGAGGAGCCAAAAAUGCUCGGAUUUUUGCAGGAUGUCAGCGAUCGUGUGGAAAAGCUACAAUUUCAUGCCGAGCCACUCAAAUCGCUGGAGAAGAAUGGACGCAUCGUUGUCCUGGACGAUUGGAACUUGCAUUUGGAUCCGAUGAUUACGGAUGAUUUAAGAAAAUAUCGCGGCUAUAUGGGCGCCAGUGUGCGGGAUCUAUUACGUGCACUGCGCAACAAAAAGCAUCACUAUCACGAGCUCACUCCGGAGGCACAGGAGCUGCUUGGCUGCAUACCGCACGAGUUCACCAACUACUGGGUUGAUCGUUUUCCGCAACUCAUCUCACAUGCGUAUCACGCGUUCAGUAUUUGCUCAAAUGAGCCCGUCUUCAAGCCUUACUACAGCGCCGACUAUCAUUAUUCGCGUCCCUGGUACUUUGAUGCCGACGAUGCGCUAUUUCCCAUGCUGAUGCGUGAUCCCAAGCCGUUGCCCAAGACGGGCAGUCCCAAACGGAAUCCUCUGCCGACACAGUCGUCAUUGUCGCUGGCCCAGCAGCAGCUGAAGCAGCGCAAGGGAGCCUACAACUUUCGCAAGCCCAUCGUCGAGGAUGUAACACCCGGUGUGGGGCUGCAACGCAAUCUGGAGCUGGAUGCGCAGGCUGUAGAUGCUGACGCAGGCAAACGCGAUGUGUUCGCCAAUUUCAAAUUUAGACGCUCCAAAGCGAGUAAUCGCAAUUACGCAGCUGGUGGAGCCAAGGAGCAGGAGAAGGAGAAAUUUGUCAGCUGGACGCUGCCGACGGCCACGGCGGAUUAAUAGUAAAACCCAACAACAGAACUUUAAUAGUUGUAAAUCUUUCAUUAUAAGAAUUUAUUUUAUUUUCUUUUAACUGUAAUUAGUAUAAUUAUUUAGUUUUAACUGUGCAAUAUUUUAAUGCAACUAUUCCAAACAAUUCCCAUUCAAUUUUCAUGUUUCUUAGCUAAUUCUAUCAAAAACGAAAAAGAAAAAAAUCGUACUGAUCGAAAUUCAAAAAGGAAAGCUAAACCUAUUUUCAUAUGAAAUGUAUAUGUAUAAAAAGUCGAGGCAUGUGAAAAAAAUAAGAAAAUGUCUAUCGAAUGCACGCAAUUUAACUGUGAUAAUUUGAUGUAAUUCUGUUUAAUGCCCAAGUGCAAAUUUAUAUAGGAAAUAGUUCAAGUUUUAUAUAUCUAUAUAUUGUAUAUGUAUAUUUAUGCAUUAGUUAAGUGACCCGAUGUGGAAAUGUGGAAACAGAAGAAAGCGACGAAGAUUAUCGUCUGGAGCGUAACUUUAAAGUUUAGUUUUACUUGAUAUUCAAAUAUUAACGCACUUAGUAAUUAAGAUUUCGUAACAGCAAACAAGAAUUUUGAGCUAUGCUUGAGACUAUCCCAUUCAAAAGCCACAUUUCUAUUUGAUAAAUUAAAUGAAAAAAAUAAUAAUAAAUCAAAUUAUAAAUACAAAA